GGCGAGGCGCAUGCGCCGAGUUCGCCCCGCCUUGUCUCGAAGCCGCUCCUGCGGACCGGUUUCGCCUCGGAGAGCCGGCAGGUCUCGGCGCUGCAGCCGCGGUGCUCGCCUAGCUGCUUCCCGGGGAUCGCAGCGGGCUCAGGUUUGCCUUAGGUCCGGUCAGUGCCAUGAUCCGCCAGGAGCUCUCCACAUCCUACCAAGAGCUGAGUGAGGAGCUGGAUCAGGUGGUUGAGAACUCAGAGCAGGCGGACGAGCGGGAAAAGGAGGCGGUCAAAGUCCAGGGUCCAGGGAUCUUACCAGCCCUGGACAGCGAGUCCGCCUGCAGCAGCAUCCGCUUUAGCAAGGCCUGCCUGAAGAACGUCUUCUCCGUGCUGCUCAUCUUCAUCUACCUGCUGCUCAUGGCCGUGGCCGUCUUCCUGGUCUACCAGACCAUCACGGACUUCCGUGAGAAACUCAAGCACCCUGUCAUGUCGGUGUCUUACAAGGAGGUGGAUCGCUACGACGCCCCAGGCAUUGCCCUGUACCCUGGUCAGGCCCAGCUGCUCAGCUGUAAGCACCAUUACGAGGUCAUUCCACCUCUGAAGAGCCCCGGCCAGCCAGGAGACAUGAACUGCACCACCCAGACGAUCAACUACACGGACCCCUUCUCCAAUCAGACCCUGAAAUCCGCCCUGAUUGUGCAGGGACCCCGGGAGGUGAAGAAGCGGGAGCUGGUCUUCCUCCAGUUCCGCCUGAACCAGAGCAGCGAGGACUUCAGCGCCAUCGAUUACCUCCUCUUCUCUUCUUUCCAGGAGUUCCUGCAAAGCCCAGACAGGGUAGGCUUCAUGCAGGCCUGCGAGAGCGCCUAUUCCGGCUGGAAGUUCUCGGGCGGCUUCCGCACCUGGGUCAAGAUGUCCCUGGUGAAGACUGAGGAGGAGGACGGGCGGGAGGCGGUGGAGUUCCGGCAGGAGACCAGCGUGGUUAACUACAUUGACCAGAGGCCAGCGGCCGAAAAAAGUGCUCAGUUGUUUUUUGUGGUCUUUGAGUGGAAAGAUCCUUUCAUCCAGAAAGUCCAAGAUAUAAUCACCGCCAAUCCUUGGAACACAAUCGCUCUUCUCUGUGGGGCCUUCUUGGCAUUAUUUAAAGCUGCAGAAUUUGCCAAACUGAGUGUGAAGUGGAUGAUCAAAAUUAGGAAGAGGUACCUUAAAAAAAGAGGUCAGGUAAUGAACCACAUAAGCUGAAGUCGCUUGCGUUGUUUGAAGGACUGCCCGAGUUCAUGGAAGUUCUCAUCACUUCUGCUUUGGUAAACCUAGCUGCCAGCAAUCCUGUCCUCACUUGAAGAAACGAGCCUUGCUGGGGGCCUGCCUGUCACACUGCAGCUUCUAACUGGUCCUCAGAGAGACUGUCUAGAGCCCAAUGGAACAGAUCCAGUGGAUGACCUUAACUGUUAUUUAAGUAUUUAAAUUAUUAAUGAACAUUUUUUGACAUAUGACAUGAAUAGGGUGUGUGGAGGAUGGAAUUAGAUAUAAUCCAGUUUCCUGAAGGUUUUUGGAAGCUGCCUUCCUUCUCGGUUUGGUGUAUAGUUAAGGUCUAACAGGAUGAUUAAGGCUCUGACCUUAGGUUUUUUUCUUGAGAUUUUUUUAAAUGGACAGGAGUGUGAUUUUCUUCUCCCCCACCAGUGACUUCUUUGGGUGUGGAGGUCAUGCUGUGGAACCGGUGUACCGUGUGUGAGGAACGCAAAACCCCUCACGUCUCUGGUGCCAUCUGCCAGCCCCUGACACGCUCUCUUGUUUAAUAUUAAAUGAGACUUUUUUUUAAAGCUACUAGAAAAACUAGUAAUUAGAUCUCUUGUGGACUGAAUAGCCACCUACCUGUCUGGCUAGAAUGUUGGUUGAUGCAGGUGUGAGUUCGGACUGAUUAACAUACAAAAACACUAGGACAUGUGUACAUAGUAGGUGCCUACUCAGUGUAUUUUGAUGAUUUCAUUAAUAGGUGAAUAAAAGUUAGGUUAAUACAAAAGGAAUCAGUGUGCCAGUAUGCAUAUCUGCUAAAUCAAUAGGCACCAGUACGCUUUCAUUCCGUGACCUCCAAAUAAAAGGGAGCGUGAGCCUGGACUUCCACGAUGGACGGGUCUGGACUCCCGAGGUACAUCAUGACCACGUCCAGGGAAGGGCAAGGUGGGCAGGCGAUAGAUGGCAGGUGGUCAGGAAGUGACAGGAAAGCCCCAUGAAUAAGCUGUGUUAGCUCUUCCUGUCCUACAAACCCCCCACCCAUCUGAUAAAGGGGCCCUCAGGAUGACCCUCAGAGCUUUCAGCCCAGCCUGUGACAGAGAUGAGUAACCUCUGGGUAUUUUUCACAUGGUAGCCAUUGGCUGAUUUAAGGUUAUUAAGAUUAUUUCCAGAGUUUUAAAUUAUUUACAUGCCCUUUGCCUCCAAAGAGGACUUGGCAGCAUUUCUUCAAUUUUGUAACCCGGUUUUAGAUAAUUCAAAGAGAACAACUCAAGUGUAUGAGUGGGGCAAUUUUAAUCUCAUAUCUAGUUAGCAGCAAGAAACUGUGGUUUUUGGUUGAAUUAUUAAAAGUGAACUUGUGUAAGGAAAUAUUCCCUAUUUUUCUAUGGCACAGAAGCAGGUACAAACUUUAGCCUAGGUCCUGUCUCUAUAAAAUCUUAUUGUAAGGCAAAUGCAAAGCCAGGCAUUAAAGCUUACGUUAACAGCACUGAAAAA